AUGACUUCCAUAGCGGGCAACAGCCGCGAUGCUGUUAGAGCUAGAGCCAACACUUUUCAUGAGUGCGAACUUCUAGAGAGGAUCGUGAUGACGCCUAAUUCUUCCAUUUACCGAUUCAAGAUACCCUUGGAUUUGAAUCUAGACAUUCCCACCGGUCAGCAUGUGCGUCUUGCUGGUGAUGUCGUUCUACCAGAUGGCAGCUCCCAGAGAUGUGUUCGUUCAUACACCCCAGUCACUAUUGAUCAUGAGGCGCACUAUUUUGAGCUUCUCGUCAAGUCAUAUCCUCUGGGUAAACUUUCCAACUACAUUAGCUCUCUCAAGGUCGGCCAAACGAUUCAUGUGUGCGGCCCGCAGGGCAACUUCAUUUACAGACCGAACAUGGCCUCCCGAAUCGGAAUGAUAGCUGGGGGAACGGGUAUCACACCGAUGUUACCGAUCCUUCGGACGGUCGCCUGUGGGCGCGCGGGAGGGAGAGACAGUACCACGAUCGACCUGAUCUUUGCCAACUCGACGAUUCAAGACAUUGUUUUCAAGGAUGAGCUAGACGAGAUGGCUCGAACGGACCCGAACUUUCGCGUCCAUUACGUUUUAAGCACAGCCCCAGAUGGUUGGACCGGGGGAACCGGGUACCUUACUUCGGACAUGAUCACUCGCUGGCUCCCUGCCCCAGGUGAUGGUGUGAAAAUCCUCCUAUGCGGCCCUCCUGCGAUGGUCAGUAUGGUCAAGAAAACUAUGGACAGCCUGGGAUAUGGAAAGGCUCGUGUGGUUAGCAAGCCAGAAGAUCAAGUCUUCGUUUUCUAA